UUUUUUAUUAUCAUUUAUCAUUUUCCUUUUCAGUUUUCAUAUCUAUAUCAGUGAAAAACGUAGAAAAGCCGCAUGUUCGUGAAAAUAAAUUUUCAAAUUUGAGUAAAUUCUUCAUGUUUUAUUUUAUGAACUGAAUUCAAUUUUUUUGCGUUGCAGUUAUGAAGAAUUCGACUGCCUUGUUGAAAAUAGUUCAUUUGCGGAACAAUCUGAGAUUUGUUGGAACUCAACCAUGUCGGUAUUGCUCCACCAGUACAAAAGCCGAUUUCAAAAAACACCAAAAUGAGUUAUUCAAUGCUGAACAAAAACGGCAGAGAGAAGAAGUUGGUAGAAUCGAAAAAAUUGCAGUGACUUACCGCGGUACUCCAAAGGAUGUGCGAUUGAUAAUGAAUAAAAACAUAUCAACGCCUUUCAACUGCGCUCAGCAUAUGUUGCAAAUGUUGAUUCGGAGGUCAGCUUUGGCUGUGGUGGAUGGAAGCACAUUAUGGGAUAUGCACCGUCCGUUGGAAUCAGAUUGCGAAUUACAACUGUUGCAUUUUCAAGAUGAAAAUCCUUCUCAACUUAAUAAGACUUUUUGGAGGACCUGUUCGUUGAUGUUGGGAGCUGUUGCUGAAACUGCAUUCAAAGAUAAUGUUGAAGUGAAAUUACAUAGUUUUCCUAAGCCUAAUGUGCGCAGCGGAAGUUUUGUUUACGAUGUAGAAAUGCCGAAUCUUUCGUCUUGGAAUCCUACUACAGAUGAGCUUAGAAUUUUAUCUGCUGAAAUGGUCAAGUUGUCAAAUAAAAAUCUUGCAGUAGAAAGAUUGGAAGUUAAAGAAAAAUUAUCGUUACAAAUAUUCGAAAACAACAAGCAUAAGUUAGAUCAAAUACCAGAUAUAUCAGCUCGUUCGCCUGAUAAGAAAGUUACACUAUAUCGGAUCGGUGAUCACAUAGACAUCAGUCGUGGACCAAUGGUUGGAAACACUUGGUUUCUGGGUCGAUGUACGAUUUCUGCGGUGCAUAAACUUGAAUCUGAUCGCGGAAAUUUCUACAGAUUUCAAGGAGUAGCUUUACCUAAAGGAUUAAUGUUAAACCAUUAUGCAUUUUCAAUUUUAGAGAAAAGAGCUAUGAAAUUGAAUAAAGGACUUUUGCCCUGGCAAUACGAAACCGAUUCAUUUCAUCCAGAACUUCAAAGUGUUGGAAUAACUGCAUAAAAAUUGGCAGCAACUAGUCUUGAAAAACAUUCUUGUAUUUCAGAUCUGUAAUGACUGAAAUAAAUGAUAUUUUUGUUAUAAAUACAAUCAUGAAAAAGUUGCAAAAUAUAAUUUCUUGUUACUAAC